CGAACAUACCGCAGCAGUCGCCGUUACUUUUAAGGUGUUAUCAGUGAACUUGCAGACAGAGAUCUGAAGGACGGUAUACCUCUCAACGCGAAAUGGAGGGAUCCAACGGCGAAAAUUUCGACGUUAGUGCUCACCCAGGCGGCGGUUGGCGUUCCGAUGAUUCCGGUAAUGGAGGCGACGCUGUAUUCAGCUUCGGUCCGCCAUGGCUGGCUGCCCCGUCCUACGCCUGGAGGCCGCCAUUCCGAGCACGCCGCCGCGGCUGCAGCGUCCGCCCGGGGUUCGCCGCGGGCCGUCGGCCACCGCUGCUUCCUACGCCACCGGUGAGGCCCACUUUCAGUUGCAACGGCCCUCGCUGGCAAUCGUCUCCGCGGUACUUUUCUACGUGCUUCGGCGGCAGACGUUUCUCCAGCCAAUCGCACCACGCUCAAGAAAGAAGGACCGAUGAGUCUGACAACGGCGCGAACUACGACAGUGAAUUGUUUCCGCAUGCACCACACGGUCACUCGGAGGCAUUCCGGGAGCAUCGAAGACGACCCAGGCGUUCCCGUUCACAUUCGUCGGAAGUAACGUCGCGGCCUAGGUACGGCGGCGAGCGUCCGUUCGACCACAAUGCGAGUGGUGUGUCGGAAGAUGACCAAGAGUUGCGUUACGAACAGCCGCACCAACGCAAACGUUCAUCUUCACCGGCGACGGAGAGCAGGUACUCGACUUCGGUCUUCAGACGCCAGUCGCCGACUGUAGGGAGGAGUUUCGACGGUGAAGCCAAACAGUUGCACGACCAUCACUUGCCCGGCUGUGACGCUAACCGCGACGCCGACAGCACCGACAAGAGGCGCAGGACGGGCUGCGCGGAAGAGUCCAGCAGAAAGGAGAGAUCACGCAUGUCUACCAGCGUCCCGCCACAGAUGAAGCGUAGUGAGACUUCUACAGUGAUUGACUCGGCGAAAAAAAUGCGAGCGGGCGGCGUAGUGCAACCGAGCAGCAAUGGCAAGCGUUGCCAAAGCACCGUGGGCAAUGCUACCCAGAGGCCCAAGCCCGCGCUCGCAUCUGCCGUACUCAUAAGUGCCGAGAUGGCGAAGUACAGGAUUCCCAAACUGAAAGCGAAAGAACGGCGCAGUUCGGACUGUGAGAUAAGGUCAGGUGCCGACAUUCCUUCAGUUCAGCAGCCGUGUUCCAGCGGCGUGGCGGAGAACCUGCGUAUUACGCGACAUACUUCUGAUCCGGAAACUGAAGCGGCCGAUAGUUCGCCUCAACUCUCGACCAGCGCUAGAGUUCAGGUUGAUGCCAAGAAUUCACGUUCGUCUGACAGAAAUACUAAUUUGGAACCCGCUUGCCUGGCCGGAGAGAACCGCGUGCAACGCUCUAGCCAUGAGGCUCGCGUUCCGUCGCUUGCUAUCGCUGACAGUGCAAACCCAAGCCAGGCUGUCGGGAAGGACUCCCAGUGCGAGGUCGCGAGUGUAACGGAAUGUCGACAACUGGACGAAGCUGCCCCUUUGUCACUAGAACUGCUGUCUCUUGAAGAGUGCCCAGUGACGAGUGAACAUUGUUUGUGCCCCGGGGCUACCGCCUUCGAAAAGGUCGGCGCAGAAGACGCUUUUGGCGUUGCUUCUGAACGUGCCAAACGUUUUGGCAUUUCCGCGUACGAUCCCGACGCUUCCGUGAAAGGCUUACACUUUGUUAGAGACUCGAAAUCAAACAAAGAGUCGCAAAGAUCAUGUACAAGUAUUGCGACUGAACUUGCGCUUUGUCUCCCGUCUGCCGAAUCGGAGAAAGAGGGCACACUCAGCGAGGAGCUUGAGCAACCGCUAGUGGGUUGUUGCGACUCGCAGAUCAAUAGUGACGCGACCGAAGUUUACGAGUGCGAUCCGCCCAGCUGCUGUAGUGAAGGGGAGCGUGAGAUAGACGACGUGGCCGGCCGUUCUGGUCCCGAACGAGCACAGCGUCGAGCUUCGAACGGUGUGACUGAAGUUUCCGAAGACUCGACCUCUUUUGAGGAAAACAGCGGGGAAAACGAGCCAGGAGAGGUUGAAGCGACCGCCACUCUUCGCGAGUCGCCUGUUCACUGCACCGACUCGAUAAAGGAUACCCGUCAGACUGGCAUUCCUGAUGCGUCUACUCCGUCAACGACGGGCGUCAUUGCCGCUACAACGUCGUAUGAACCGAACAGUGAUCGCAGCGUUUCGCGAAGCGUUCCCGCGUUCCCACGGAACAGUGAUCGCAGAGCACUGGAAUUAAGUCGCCCGCUUCGAGAGAGCGUUAAAUCCGGUGCAUCCAGCACUAAUUUUGGAUUAUCUGGUAGCCCCGGGACGACGCGUGCACCUGUGAACAUGUGCGUGCGGCCUGCCGGUGAUGGCGUCUUUGUCGUGUUCGCUGCCGAGAACUCACCUUCGCCGAGUGAGGGACACUGUGCCGUCGGAACGCUCGGCACGCCGCCGAUUCGAAUCCCGAUGUACGAAAUGAGAGCACCAUCCCCAGCAACCGGAACUCGUCGAUUUCCCGUGGUCGAUGGCCCCGACGGCAGGCGCGGCGCGCUGUUCGAGCUGGAUACCGUUUUGUCGCUGUACGUCCUCAACCUGAUCGAGGACCACGCGACGAAACAGCGCGUUCUCCAGCUCUACUGCGAGGGACGGCACAGCGACGCGAUGGAAGCCUACGGUGCUGAGAUAAGAGCGCUGGCUCGGGCCGCAGUCGAGCGUCCACACGUCGCGUGGGACGGCCUUAUUGGCGUGCUUCGAAGGUUGACGAAGAUUGAGUGGACAUUCCCGGAGCCCGGGUGCGCCGGAGCGAGGAUACAAGAGCUGUGCGAUUUGGAGGCCCAUUACAAGCUGUAGUUGACAGCAGUUGACCAUCAGAUCAUUACACUGGGCACACGGACUAGUUUAGUUCGCUUUUUUUUUUUCAUUAUGUAAAACUCGGUGACGUUGUGUUUGGCAUUUGUUCAAGCUGUUUGU